AUGGCCCAAGGCCGCAGGACCACAGUCAGCAUGGUGCUGCUGGGGUUGGGGCUGGCCUUGGCCAUUAUCGUGCCCGCCGUGGUCCUCUCUCGCCGCCACACCGGCUGCGGCCCCCAGGCCUUUGCCCACGCUGCGGUCGCCGCUGACUCCAAGGUCUGCUCGGACAUUGGACGAGCCAUCCUCCAGCAGCAUGGCUCACCUGUGGAUGCCACCAUUGCGGCUCUGGUCUGCACCGGAGUCAUCAACCCUCAGAGCAUGGGCCUGGGCGGAGGGGUCAUCUUCACCAUCUACAAUGCCACCACAGGGAAGGUGGAAGUCAUCAAUGCCAGGGAGACAGUGCCUGCCAACUACGUCCCAGGCCUACUGGACCAGUGUGAGCAGGCCCAGCCACUGGGCACAGGGGCCCAGUGGAUUGCAGUGCCGGGGGAGCUCCGUGGCUAUGCUGAGGCCCACCGCCGCCACGGCCGCCUGCCCUGGGCACGGCUCUUCUGGCCCACCAUCUCCUUGCUCCGAGGGGACUACCGCAUGCCCUCCAUCCUCAGUCAGUUCCUGCAGAACGACUUCCUACGGCCUUCCUUGUACAAGACAUCCCUGAGGCAGCUCUUUUUCAACGGCACAGAACCCCUGAGGGCUCAGGACCCAUUCCCCUGGCCCGCACUGGCUGCCACCCUGGAAACCGUGGCCACGGAGGGAGCAGAGGCCUUCUACACAGGGACGCUGGGCCAGACGCUGCUGGAGGACAUUGCCAAUCAAGGCAGCGGGCUGACCCUGCAGGACCUGGCCUCCUUCCAGCCAGAGGUAGUGGAUGCCCUGGCGAUGCCCCUGGGGGACUACACCCUGUACUCACCGCCACCACCUGCAGGGGGAGCGAUUCUCAGCCUCAUCCUCAACGUGCUCAAAGUGUUCAACUUCUCCUCGGAGUCGGUGGCCAGGUCCGAGGGGAGUGUGAACUUGUACCAUCACCUUGUGGAGACGCUCAAGUUUGCCGGGGGACAGAGGUGGCGGCUGUGGGACCCCCGCAGCCACCUGGAUAACCAGAACGCCUCCCAGGACCUGCUGGGAGAGGCUUUCGCCCAGCAUAUCCGCCAGCAGAUCGACGUUCGUGGUGACCACCCUCUCAGCCACUACAGCCUGGCCGGGGCCUGGGGCCACAAGACGGGCACGUCGCAUGUGUCUGUGUUGGGGGAGGAUGGAAGCGCCGUGGCAGCUACCAGCACCAUCAACACGCCCUUUGGAGCAAUGCUGUACUCACCACGCACGGGCAUCCUGCUCAACAACGAGCUUCUGGACCUAUGCUGGAGGCGCCCCCCGGGCUCCAAAGUCACCCCCCAACCCGGUGAGCCUGAGGACCCCACUGUGAGGCCGCAGGUGACACCCGUCCGGCCUCCAGUUCCAGGCGAGCGGCCUCCAUCAUCCAUGGUUCCCUCCAUCUUGGUCAACACAGCCCAGGGGUCAAAGCUGGUGAUCGGUGGGGCUGGUGGGGAGCUCAUCGUCUCUGCCGUGGCCCAGGCCAUCAUAAACAAGCUGUGGCUUGGCUUUGACCUGAGAACUGCUAUUGCAGCCCCUAUCCUGCACGUCAACAGCAAGGGCCAUGUGGAGUAUGAGCCCAACUUCAGCCAGGAGGUGCAGAAGGGGCUCCGGGCCAGGGGCCACAACGAGACCAAGAGUUCCUUUUUCCUGAAUGUGGUCCAGGCUGUGUCCCAGGACGGGGCCUGUGUGUAUGCCGCAGCGGACCCGAGGAAAGGUGGGGAGGCCUCAGGCUACUGAGGACACUGCUCCUGAGAGCUGCAAUCCGGCCCACCAUCAGUGUGUGCCCAGGCUGGCCUUGACCAUGGGACCAAGCACUCAGGCAGGAUCUGGACUCUUUGGUGGAGGGUAGGCCUGGGGCUACAAGAGGUGGGGACAGCCUGGAAGAUGGAUGACUGUGGGGGCUGAGCUGUCUCCCCGAGCUCCUUGUGGCCCUGCCCUAACCCCCAAGCCUUCCCUAGGCCUCUCACCCAGGACUGUGGCCUACCCUCCCCCCAGGCCCCACUCCCCAUCUGUAUACCC